CCGUGCUCGCGCGCGCGCUCGCGGGAGAGGAUGGCGGGGGCCGCGCCGGGCGCCAUCAUGGACGAGGACUACUUCGGGAGCGCGGCCGAGUGGGGCGACGAGGCGGACGGCGGCCAGCAGGAGGAGGAUUAUGGAGAGGGAGAAGAUGAUGCCGAGGUCCAGCAAGAGUGCCUACAUAAAUUUUCUACCCGGGAUUAUAUAAUGGAACCCUCCAUCUUUAACACUCUAAAGAGGUAUUUUCAGGCGGGAGGGUCUCCAGAGAACGUUAUCCAGCUCUUGUCAGAGAACUACACUGCUGUGGCCCAGACCGUCAACCUGCUGGCCGAGUGGCUCAUUCAGACAGGUGUUGAACCAGUGCAGGUUCAGGAAACUGUGGAAAAUCAUCUGAAGAGUUUACUGAUCAAACAUUUCGACCCCCGCAAAGCAGAUUCUAUCUUUACUGAAGAAGGAGAGACCCCCGCUUGGCUUGAACAAAUGAUUGCACAUACCACGUGGAGAGACCUUUUCUACAAACUGGCUGAAGCCCACCCAGACUGUUUGAUGCUCAACUUCACUGUUAAGCUUAUCUCCGACGCAGGGUACCAAGGGGAGAUCACCAGCGUGUCCACGGCCUGCCAGCAGCUGGAGGUGUUUUCUAGAGUGCUUCGUACCUCUCUAGCUACGAUUUUGGACGGAGGCGAAGAAAACCUCGAAAAAAAUCUCCCCGAGUUUGCUAAGAUGGUGUGUCACGGGGAGCACACGUAUCUGUUCGCCCAGGCCCUGAUGUCCGUGCUGGCCCAGGAGGAGCAGGGGGGCUCGGCCGUGCGCAGGGCCGCACAGGAGGUCCAGCGCUUCGCCCAGGAGAGAGGCCAUGACGCCAGUCAGAUCACGCUCGCACUGGGCACAGCUGCCUCCUACCCCCGGGCGUGUCAGGCCCUUGGGGCUAUGUUGUCCAAGGGAGCCCUGAAUCCGGCCGACAUCACAGUCCUGUUCAAGAUGUUUACAAGCAUGGACCCGCCUCCUGUUGAACUCAUCCGGGUGCCAGCUUUCCUGGACCUGUUCAUGCAGUCACUCUUUAAACCAGGGGCCAGGAUCAACCAGGACCACAAGCAUAAGUACAUCCACAUCUUAGCAUAUGCAGCGAGCGUGGUGGAGACCUGGAAGAAGAACAAGCGAGUCAGCAUCAAUAAAGACGAGCUGAAGUCAACAUCGAAAGCUGUUGAGACUGUUCACAACUUGUGUUGCAAUGAGAACAAAGGGGCGUCUGAGCUUGUGGCCGAGCUGAGCACCCUCUACCAGUGUAUCAGGUUUCCAGUGGUGGCCAUGGGUGUGCUGAAGUGGGUGGACUGGACUGUGUCAGAGCCGAGGUACUUCCAGCUGCAGACGGACCACACCCCGGUGCACCUGGCACUGCUGGACGAGAUCAGCACCUGCCACCAGCUCCUCCACCCGCAGGUCCUGCAGCUGCUGGUGAAGCUCUUCGAGACAGAGCAUUCCCAGCUGGACGUGAUGGAGCAGGUGAGCGGGCAGCCCGAGGGCUGGGCUGCACAGCGGGAAGGCGGCCCCUUUCUCAGCCUUGUCGCCCCACCCGUGCAGCUCGAGUUGAAGAAGACCCUCCUGGACAGGAUGGUGCACCUGCUGAGCCGGGGCUACGUGCUCCCCGUGGUCAGUUACAUCCGCAAGUGUCUGGAGAAGCUGGACACCGACAUCUCCCUCAUUCGCCACUUUGUGACUGAGGUGCUCGACGUCAUCGCGCCCCCCUACACCUCUGACUUCGUGCAGCUUUUCCUUCCUAUCCUGGAGAACGACAGCAUCGCCGGCACCAUUAAAACAGAAGGUGAACACGACCCUGUGACAGAGUUUAUAGCUCACUGCAAGUCUAACUUCAUCUUGGUGAACUGAUUCAGCGCAUCCUCCAGAGCUGCAGCAGAACAUUCCAGGAGACCCGCUGUGGAAAAACCCUUUCCAGAAGCUAUUGUUGAAGAGGCCCAGUCAGCGUCUUGGAAGUGGGCUGUGGUGGGAGGAGGUGGAUAACUUUUUUAAAAAGGAAGAUGUCAGCAGUGUAACGGCUACUAGGAACAGUCCCGUCUCCUCGUGAGUCCAGGGCUGCCCCCAAGUCCUGUUUACAGUAUUUCCCCAGUAGCGGAACUAGGUUCCCGUCACCUCUUGGGAUGUAGCCAACUGUCAGCCCCGGGGCGGGGGGUGGAAAUUCAGAAACUGAGACACUUAGAUGAACUAUUUUCAGAGUUGAUUGAUUUAAGUUUUCUCACAAGGCUCCAUUGGUUAGUUCGUAUCAUUGCAAUUGCUUUCAUUUUCCGAGAACAAAUAAAAAGCCCUUCUGCGGUUGGAAGGUGUAGGUCCCGGUGUUAAUGUUGUUUUCGUGUGUAAAUAAAACACUCAGAUUCA